UUAUAAUAAAAAGUUGGUAUCUUUAACUUGCUUCCCUGUGGACUCAGUCAGGAUGUCGACAUCAUUGUUUUUAAUUGGCCGAAAUAAGGCAGGUACGUUUUAAUACAGCCUACGUGACUUUUGCUUCGUUUUCAAUAAAUCGCAUUUAUUUUGUAUAAUAAUUCCUUUUGAUAUCUCAUUGUUACACAUAAAUACGGACCUACUCACAUGUCGUAAUCAAGUCAAUAAAAGUGCAGUAGAUGCAUUAGUACGCAGUGAGGGUUUAACAAUGCAUGUCAUUUGGUUAACUUGUCUGAUCGCAGUCUUUUCUCAAUUUGGGGACUGUCAGGUACAAUGGGCUCAACCAAUGUACCAACCAAAACCUCGAUAUUACGACUGUUGUAGUUCAGCAAUCGAAGAAAUAAAUGAACUAUUGCAAGUCCUAAGAAAGUUUGAUGAAGAUCGAUCCUGCCAACCUGUCCAAAACCCUGACAAAGGCAGUUGUCUCAGUGAGGAAAUCAUCAUGAAGUUGGUUAAUGCUCUAAUUUACACAGCCACACAAAAUUGUGGGAGUAAUGGAGGGUCGGGAGGAAAUGGUGUUGGUGGGGGCGGAGGCGGCGGAGGUAACGGUCUGGGCGGAGGACUCGGCGGUGGGCUUGGACUGAACCUCGGUCUUGGAGGAGGCUUGGGUGGUGGACUACUUGGUGGCAGUGGAAGUGGUGGCGGAAGUGCAAAUGGAGGUGGAUCUCCAACUGGAUCAGGCGGUGGAGGAAAGGGCCUAGUUGCCGGCUCUGGGGGGAAGAAUAACGGCGGGUUGUUGACUGACGUACUGGACACAGUCGGCGAUAUUCUCUGAAUUAAUAGUCACAUAAACUUUACAAUUAAAUAUAAUAUUUUUGGAUAUUAUAGUGAUCAUACAUAUACAGAUGAAGCUCCCCACGCCGUGUUUUAUAGUUAUAGUUUUCUUAUCUGUUAAAAUGUAAAAGGAUGCUUAAAUUUACUUUUGUACCUUUUUAUCUUUUUUGCCACCCCUUUAAGCAGGAUAGUGAUGCUAGAUAGCAAAGCCGCAAAGAAGAACUACGAUGCGGUAUAAGAAUAUUAUGUUUAUUUAAUAUAUAUUUUUACUCCACUUUUGACGUGCCCGAAAGGGUUUGCUAAUGAUAACUUUUAAUUUUUAAUACUAUACAUGUUGGAAUGCUAAUAAAGUGUUAAGUAAAACUGCAAGAUUUCUAUUUUUUUCCUUAACUUGUAGCAAUUUCUUCUACAGCGGACACUCGGAAAAACUAGGUAACCUUUAGAUCGUCCAACACAGAAUAAUAAUGUUUUACAUAAUUAUUAUAUAGGUACGUAUUUAUGUAUCUUAGGUCUGGGGCAUGCCAUCUGUCAUAGUCGGGCAGUGAAAGGUUUGAAAAAAAAAUUAUUUGGAACGAAACUUUCCCUGACAGUAUAACGUAUUUUAUACAUAAAAUAUUAUUAGAAACCAUAAUGUUUAAAAAAAUCAGCUUAUCAAUUAAGUUUCUUUUUUUGCUGAUUAUAUGACCCAGAAAACUUCAUAGUUUACUUGUUUUUAAAAUGCAAGAAUAUUACAGUCAGCGUAAAUGUUUUUUAAUCCAUAUUCAUUAGGGCAUUAACCUAAACAUAUUCUCAUUUUUAAACUCAUGUCAAUCAUUCAAGUAUUUAUUGGUUUUUGUUAAAGUAAUAGAUGUCCCAAAU